AUGAAUUCAAGCAAUACAUAUCAAUCUUGGAAUUAAUAGAGUUAAGUUGGUACAUUUCAAUCAAUGUACAAUAAUGAAACACAAUAAAUCCGUUUCAAGGAAGAGAGUUUCUCAACUUUUCAACCUGUUAUACAAUAGUAAACUUCUUGGACUUAGAGUCAGUUGUUAGGGAGAGUAGAUGAAAAAGAUUUUCUAGUUGUACAAAAGACAAAAACUUUUGAGAAAUCAGAAGCUGAAAGAUAACAACAUUAUGAAGAAUUGAUAUAAGACAAUUAGAGAAUGAGGUAUAUUAUAGAUUAUUAAUUGAUAGAGAAGUUAUUGAAGAACUAAAAAGAGAAGUAGCCACCUAUAAGGCUUCAUCUAGUUCUGAUGCAGAAAUGUUAAGGAAAGAGUUGUAAAUCACUUAAUAAGAAUUAGAAGCAGCUAAUAAGGAGAUAAAGAUGUUAAAAAGUGGAAUUGAAUCAAAAUAAAAGAUAGAAAUGAAUAAUAUAUAGAUGGAAUUGGAGAAAUGGAAAAAAAGAUGUGCAGAAUUAGAGUAAAAAGAAAAAGAAAAUACAGAACAAUUAAAAUAAUUAGCUUAUUAUUAAAAUAGAUUAAAGUUGUAUGAAUUGGAUGCAAAGAAAAAGUUUGAGAAAUAUUAAACUGUCGAUUUACUUUAAUAAUAAUUAAGUGAUUAAGAAGCUUUGAUUGAAGAAUUAAAAAGAGAAAUUCAUAGAUGGGAAGAGAGAUAUGAUGCUCUUGCUUUAGAAAGUCAAGAAAUUAGAAUUAAAUUAUCUUCUAAUAAUAGAGUAAGUUAAUUGGAAGAUGAUAUAAAAGCAUAUAUUCAUGAAAUAGGGUAAUGGAAAAAAAGAUGUUUAGCCAUGGAAGCAAAAUUUGAAGCUUCUGAUGAGGCUAAAUUAUUAGCUAGAAUUGAUUAACUUAAUCGUUUAUUGGCUGAAAGAGAUUAAGAUAUUUAAAAGAGUAGAGCUUAAUUAAAUUUAUAAAUAUCUUAAUAAUAAUAAAGUAAAUAUUUAAAUUCAGCUAUGUAAAAUUCAGAAUAUGAAAAUUAAUUGGAAUAAUUGAGAAGAUAAUUAUAGGAUACAUAAAAUAAAUUAGAAUAAUAAAAUAAAGAUAUGGAAGGAUUUAAAAUGUAAGCUAAUGUUUUUAAUGCUGAAAAAUUUGAAGAAUUAGAAUAAGAAAAGUGGAAACUUGAAUCAUAAAUUGAAGAAUUAGAAAGAGAUUGUGAUACUUUUAUGUUGAGAAUCAAAGAAUUAGAAUAAUAGUUUUAAGAAUUAACUAUAAAAUAUAAUGAACAAAAUGCUAAUUAUAUAAAAUAUAAAGAGAUUAUUGAUGCUAAUUCAUCUAAAUAUAAAAAUGUAGAAAAUCUUACUAAAGAAAUUUAAAAUUAUCAAAAAGAACUUGAAGUUUGGAAAAGUCGUUAUUUCUAAACUGAAAUUAGAUUAAAGGAAUAUGAUUCUUUGAGAAUGGAAUAUGAAAAAUUACUUAGGUAAUAAACUAAUAUAUAAACUACAUUUGUUAAUAUAGAGACUGAUGCUUAAUACAUUUAAAUCAAAAAAGAAAGAGAUAUGUUUUAGAGAUAAAUUUCAGAUUUAGAAACUAAAUUAAGAGAAUAAAGUAGUAAUUUAAGAGAAUAAAGUAGUACUUUAAGAGAAUAAUAAAAUACAGGAUUUAAAGUAUAAUAAGAUGAUUCAAUUAAAAUAGAAAGAGAUAAUUAUUAUAAUAAAAUUUAAGAAUUAGAACUCAGAAUUAAAGAAUUGUAAUCUUAAUAAUCAUAAUCAGUUAAAUAUUAAAAUGAUGAUUCUAAAGUUAGAGAAUUAGAAGCUAAAAUAAGGGAAUAUCUAUUUUAAAUUAACUCUUAUGAGAGUCGUAUAACUAAUUAUGAGAGUCGUAUUGCUACUUAUGAAACAAAAAUAAGAGAAUUUGAAACUAGAUCUAAAGAAUAUGAAACUAGAAAUACUUAGUCUUUAAUUGAAAAAACUGUUGUAUUAACAGAUGAACCUAAAAUAAAAGAAUUGACAGAGAUAAUUUAAUAGAAAAAUAAAAGAAUAUUAGAAUUAGAACAAAAUGGAAAUUAUUCUAUGAACAAUUAGAGUUCAGUUAUUGUAAUUAAAGAAUAGGUAAGAAUAAAAGAUCAAAGAAUUAGGGAAUUAGAGGUAUAAGUUGAAAAUUUAUAAUUGGAACUAGGAAGACUAUAAAACUUAAAAAGAGAUCAAGAAUCUCGUAUUAAUGUUAUGUUAUAAAAAGUAUUCAUUAUUUAAUUUAUUAGAUCACUGAAUAUGAAUCUUAAUUAAAUAUUCUAUAAGAAGUGAAACUUAGAUAAUCCAAAAGAUCCCCUUCAUAAUAAUAAUAGAAAAUAACAUCUACAACCUAUAUAUAAUAAUAACCUAUCAUCUAAACAAACAGUUAUAUCAAAUAGAAUAAUAAUACUCAAUCUGCAAUCUAUUAAUCAUCAUAAUAAAUAGUACCCUCCACUAAUCCUAUUUCAUAGAAUAUUGGAUUUCAAUAGAUGAAUAACAGUAUUACAACAACUAGAUAGGUAGUUAUUACUGGGGAAUCUCAAAAGUAAUAAAUUACAUAUAUACUAGAAAUUUAUAUCCUAAAGAAGAAAACAUUUAAUCAUAGAUAAUAGAUCGUAUAAAUCCUAAUAGAAUUAUUCAAGAUUUGAAUGGUCAAUAAUCACCCUAAAUCAUUGUUUCACAAUACAAACCAAUAAAUUGAGUAAUCUCAGAUUUAAAAUGAUUAUUUUUAAGUUAUUUCAUAAU